AUGAACCGGAUGCGGGAAAAUCCCCGUACGCUGCCCGUCGGUGCAGUUAUCCUGUUGGUGCUGUUGCAUGUGCAUCCUUCGAGCACUUUUAGCAGGUCCUCGUACGUGGAAGAAAUACCGAAACUGCAACAAUGCACCGCCGGUGAUGAAACGCGGCUUAUGUGCGGCAUCAAGGAGCAUCACGCGGAUCACCUGAACGCCUCCAUCGUGCGGUGGUUCUUUAAGCCAUGUGGUGGUGCCUUUCAACAACCAACCUGCAGCAAUCGAGCACUGCUGGAUGCAAUCGACUGGUAUCCGCUCGAAUGCGGCGAUAGAUCCUGCCGGGUAACGUUAAUCAUACGUAACGCAACGGAAGCGAACGCGGGGCUGUAUCGGUGCAUGAUUCAUCCGUAUCGGGUCGACAACCACACGCAGCUGGACAUUACGCUUGUGCGCACAUUCGAGCUGGUCGUGACGGAGUGGCAACUGGACCAGUCGAUUCCGGCACCGGAACUGCUGGACAAUCUGCCCGCCAACACGACGGGCACCGUUGGUGCGCAGAUUGUGCUGCAGUGUCGGGUGUACAGCAGGGAGCCACCCACUAUUAUGUGGUUCCGGCGGCUUAACAGGCGGCUCGGUGAGCACAGUUUCAACCAGAACCAGUCGAUCCGAUACCUGGAGAACUUCUACGAGCUGUUGCCGUCGGCGGGCGAAAAGCAGCUGUCGCAUGAUGUUUACCUCAGCAAACUGAUCCUGCACAAUGCAUCCGAACGUGACAUUGGCAUCUACGUGUGUGUGGGCAUUAACUAUGUCGGCGUUAGCAUGGCCGAUGCGUACGUUAAUCUGGUGCACGCGGAUGGGACACCGGUUGAGCCGGGAGGCGUGCGUUACGCGGAGCUGUUGGUGCUGUUUUUGAUUCCGAUCGGGUUGGCGCUGGUGCCACUGCUGGUUUGGCUUUUGGUGAGUGUGUUGAGGGCGAAGUCCUACGCCGAGCGGAAGUCUCUCGUACAGAUGGCCCCGGUGGUUGUGGGUGAGUCGAGCCCGCUGACGCCGACAGCCGGGGAAAUGGGACUUGUCCGGGACGACGAUCUGCAGGUGUAUGUGAAGGUCGAUGUGGUUUAGCUGAAACGGGUUUCGAGGAGGCAGCUCGAGUGUGUAUAUACUUAGCGGUAAUGGUUAAUGAAAAAUGCAUCAUGCUUCUCGAGGAACAACUGCAUCGUGGGGCGGGAAAUGUUUGAUAAAAAAUGGCAAAGAAAACUGUACUACUGCAGCUACUUGAAGGAGCUCUUAUUUAUUCGGAUUUAUGUACAGAUCUUAGUAUUUACGAAGCUAUGCUAUUAAGCUAGUGUUAUAUGUCGAAACUAUUAUAAAACGUGUAAAAUCUGGAUAAAUUUCCAUGGAAGCAAUGCAGCGUCUUUAUAAAGUGUAAAAAAGCCAUUACAAAUUUAAAAAAUACUAAAUUACAUCCAUAUAAUUACAAGGUUACCUAAUUUAACAAAUCUACCACGCUGUUAAUUUCAAAUUUUUGAUUGCCAUGAGGAGAUCAUCGUCCCAGG